GAGACUCAACAUUGUCCAAUUUUGAGCCAUGGUGCGAGGAGUACGAGCUCUGAGGAUUGGAUGGCGGCGACCUUUUGGGGUCCUUUUAAAGUUCAUUCUCGUUUUGUUCGUGCCAUCUCUCUUGGCUCCAGCCCUUGAUUUCAGCUUCUCAGGCGCCAAGCAUAGCUUGGUGGGCGGAGCCUGGGAAAGAUCCACGCGGGAGACAAAGGUGACGCGUUUCUCCGACCUGAGCCCAGCGGCUGAAGCUAGCCGUGAAGCUGCAACGGAAGCCAUCAAGGCUGUGCCAUUUACCUCUGCGCCAGGAGAUUUGUUUGGAGGUGCUGUGCAGAUUUUGAUCAUCCCUUUCUUUGUUGGUGUCUUCAUUGUCUACUUGGUGACAGUCUUCAAGCCUGAUGCAAUCUUGACAGAUGACCAGAUGGUGGAAUACAAAAAGGCCGAGAAGCAGUACUUCCUUGAAAAGCGUGGUGCCGUCAAAGACCCAGAUGCACCAGCAGAGAUGAAUCGGGCACAGAGGCGUGCUGCCAGGAGUCUCAAGGGCAAGAGGCGUGUGCGCAGCGAAUGAGCAUCUCAAAUUGCGAGUAGUAACUAGUGAAUCUGUCCAAAGUUGUGUAGAGUCUCAUCCUCAUCAUGUCAUCACGGCAAAGAACCCCUGAAAAAUGGCGAUUUUCGGCGGCAGAGGCAGUCAAAA